UAUUUGUUAUGCUGCUUUGUGUGGUGGACUAUGUCAGCAAAAUGUUUGGUUGGUUAGUUUAGUGCUAGUGAAGUUUACUCCCCCGUCCCCCCUUACGUGUAACGUGUUACGUUUAAUAUAAUAAAAUUGUGUUCUAGAUUAACGUAAUAACUCACCGUUCAUAUUCUGUGGGUUUGCAAACUUGUCUUAAAUUUUGACAUUGAUUAGGCAACAUGGCGACCCCAACAGCUGCAGGAAAGAAAGGCAAGAAAAAGGCGAAGAACACUAAAACUUUAUCUUUGAACGACUUUCUUGGUGACACACCUGGGGCUUCCCCUGGUGUGAUCAAACCAACCUUGGAUUGGGCGGAUGAAGCCGACCAAGAGUUUCGAUCAAUGAGCACAUCGAUGCCGUAUCAGAAUAAUUCAAACAAGAACAAAUUAAUUCAACUUCCCACUGCUCCACGAUCAUCAAGAUCAGUUGAAAUUGACACAAGCAGGAUUCCUGACAGUGGUCCUUACACUGCCUAUGUUGGGAAUCUGCCAUAUGAUGCAGAUGAAUUUGUUCUGCAAGAAUUUUUCAAAGAUAUACCUAUGACGAACGUAAGACUGCAAGAGGAGAACGGCAGGUUUAGAGGUUAUGGCUACGUACAGUUCCCUGAUAAACAGUCUUUGAUCCAGGCUUUGCAAAUGAACGACGAAACUCUUCAAAAGCGAGUUAUUCGUGUUGAUAUUGCUGACAAUCAGAAUAAAGAGGGAAAAGGAAGAGGGGAUCGGUAUGGAAGCUUAAGUGGUGAUCCGGAUCGCUUGGAGGGAAAUUGGAGAAGAACUUCCAAUGAUCAUCUAAAUGGAGGUCCAGGUUCCAAUAGAGGUGAGGAUAGCAGAUGGGGAGGUCGAGGUUAUGAACAGAACGACCGUGGUUCCCGUUUUGGUCGGGAUAGAUAUGGAGGUGGUCGUGAUGGAAGAUAUGAAUCAAGUUUUAGCAGAGGAGGUGAAUCGGAGCAAUGGAUGCAACGUAGGGAGCCACCGAAAGAAAGACCUCGACUCAAUCUUAAACCUCGUGAAAAACCUCUCAACCCUGAAGCUGCUACAACAAGAUCUUCCUCAAUAUUUGGAUCCGCUAAACCUGUUGAUACGGCUGCUCGUGAAAGAAUGGUGGAAGAAAAGUUACUGAAACAGGAACAAAGCCUAGCUGCUGACAAGCCAGACAGUGUUGCACCACAGAAGAAAUCACAAAAUAUCUUUGGAUCGGCAAAACCAGUUGACACUGCUGCCCGUGAAAGAGAGAUGGAACAAAAAAUUGCAGAACAGGAAAAACAAAUUCUUGAAAAGGCUCAACAACCAAAGCCAGCCCCGCCCACCCCAACACGACCUUCCAUAUUUGGUAAUGCUAAACCAGUUGACACCUCGGCUCGUGAGCGAGAAAUUGAAAAGAAAAUAAGAAUCCAGGAGCAGGAGAUGACACCAGAACCACAGGACAGUGGCAUUCAUAGAGAGGUACGUUAUUAUCCUCGAAGAUUGAGUGAAAGAUCAGAUGAAAUGAGUAUAACUUCACCAAAAAGAAGAUCCAGAACAUCUUCAACAAGAUCUUCUGAUGACCACGAAUGGGUCUUUUGAUUUUUAUCUUGACAAUUAUUUAAAAGGUUUUGUUUCAUCAAAUUCAGUGCUUGCCCAACUAUCUUGUUUAUAUUCAUACAUUUUAGGCUUCCGCGUCCAAUACAGGGUUGGUGUAUGGACGUUUCAAGUUUAAGAUUUGGUUUUAGUUUUAAUGGAGUCAAUGUUGCGUUGAAAUUAAAUGUGAGGCAAAAGAUUGUUUUGUGUAGAAGAUCUGUGGUGGUUAAAAUAAAUGGUCAUCACUGCCUA